CCUCAGGGGGCGUGGGGCGGGGCCUCAGGCGGGCGGGCGCGCGGGUGGCGGCGGGGGCGCGCGGAGGGCCGGGGGCGCGCGGAGGAGCGUGGCCUGGCGGAGCUUGGCGGCCGGCGCGGCGCAGCAUCUGGCCGGCGGGUCCAGCUCGCCGGCCGGCCAGCGCGCCAUGCCCGCUGGCUGACCAGCGCAGGGCCUCGCCCCGGGAGACCAUGGUGCUGCCGCCCCCGGACCGGCGCCACGUGUGCCUGACCACGCUGGUGAUCGUGGGCAGCAUGGCGGUGAUGGACGCGUACCUGGUGGAGCAGAACCAGGGCCCGCGCAAGAUCGGCGUGUGCAUCAUCGUGCUGGUGGGCGACGUGUGCUUCCUGCUGGUGCUGCGCUACGUGGCCGUGUGGGUGGGCGCUGAGGUGCGCACGGCCAAGCGCGGCUAUGCCAUGAUCCUCUGGUUCCUCUACAUCUUUGUGCUGGAGAUCAAGCUCUACUUCAUCUUCCAGAACUACAAGGCGGCGCGACGCGGUGCGGCCGACCCGGUGGCGCGCAAGGCGCUCACGCUGCUGCUGUCGGUGUGCGUGCCCGGCCUGUUCCUGCUGCUCGUGGCGCUCGACCGCAUGGACUACGUGCGCACCUUCCGCAAGCGCGAGGACCUGCGCGGCCGUCUCUUCUGGGUGGCGCUGGACCUGCUGGACCUGCUGGACAUGCAGGCCAGCCUGUGGGAGCCGCCGCGCUCGGGGCUGCCGCUGUGGGCCGAGGGCCUGACCUUCUUCUACUGCUACAUGCUGCUGCUCGUGCUACCGUGCGUGGCGCUCAGCGAGCUCAGCAUGCAGGGCGAGCACAUCGCGCCGCAGAAGAUGAUGCUCUACCCCGUGCUCAGCCUGGCCACCGUCAACGUGGUGGCAGUGCUGGCGCGCGCCGCUAACAUGGCGCUCUUCCGCGACAGCCGCGUCUCGGCCAUCUUCGUGGGCAAGAACGUGGUGGCUCUGGCCACCAAGGCCUGCACCUUCCUGGAGUACCGCCGCCAGGUGCGCGACCUCCCGCCGCCUGCACUGGCGCUGGAAAUGCAGCCGCAGCCCGCGCCUCGUGCCCCCGCGCCCGCGCCCCCACCGCGCACCCCUGGCCGCCCCCUCGGGCCUGUGCCCGCGCGCGAGGGCCUGGACACGUGACGACGUCCCGCCGCGCGCCUCCUUGGGCCUGGACACGUGACCGAGAAGUCGCUCCGUGCGCACCCCGUGUCCCCUCGGGCUCGUGCCUGGACACGUGAUGCCCCGCCGCGUGCCCCCCUGCCACCGGGUCUCCAGCUCAGGAACCCCUCGGACCUCGGCCCUGCUGGCCUGGGGGCUCGGGAGGACGGGUGGGGGUCCUGCGGGGGGCCCGGAGUUUUAAAGACUAGUGUUUACAGUUUCCUACCCAGGGUCGCCCUCCUCUGCCUUGUCUAUGCUGUGUGCCCGGAGUGGCCUGAGCCCGUGUGCGGGGGUGAGGUGGGGGGUGUCCGCCUGUCCCAGGGCCGACUCCCCGCAGCCCCCUUCCAGAGGAGCCCUGGCCCUGGCCAACAAGUUCAUGAGCCCCUUGUGUCUCCUGCCGCUGGGUACACCCCAGCCUGGGUGACACCAGCACCCAGCUUUGCUUUGGGGACCUUGCCUGGCUCCUGGACAGACCCCUCUGAGGGCCGGUCAGCCGGAGGACCCGUUGCCCUGGGUGGGGCCUGCCUGCAGCCUCCUGCCUGGUCUUCAGCUGACCCCACACUGGGUGGGUCCUGGGCCCCCACGGAGAAGGGGUGCCCCUCACCAGGUUGGUGGCACCAGUGCUCCUUCCUCAUGACAUGAGCCCUGCUCCACCAGGGCUGUGUGUGUGUGUAUGUGUAUGUGUAGCAGGGUAUAGUCCUGCAGGUAUGGGCACACGGGGGUCUUCACAUGACCAGAAGCUGAUGUGUCAGACACCACCGGAGGAAGUGGAGGUGCUGGCCUGGGGGCAUGGGUUUGGGCUCCAGGAGCAGCCUCCUGCAUCCUGUGGGGAGGGGGCCCAGUGUUGGAAGUGGUUAAGGUGGGGAUGCUGGAGCUUCUGGGUGGGAACGUGCUGACUGAGGAAGCUGGGAGAGAAGGCAGUGGUGCUGUGGCUUUGAGGAUCCUUUGGUGCUUUUUGGGGGCGAGUGUGGAGAGGAAUGUCCAAGGAAGGACCUGCUAGACGGGGUCAUCAAGGAGGAAUGGGGAUCUUGGGUGUUAUCUGGAGUUGGGAGACAUCUCAAAGAGCC